AAUUUUUAACACGUUGUGGUAUCAUAUGUUAACAGUCUAGCCAAAAUGCUAAAUGAAAUUUUAUUAAAAACAUUUGACGAUGGAAAAACCAUCAAUUGUAUCGUAGAAGGACACAAACUCAAUUGCAGUGGGAUUAUAUAUGUCGAAGAAGAAGAUCCGUUAACUUAUACAGACAAAUGGUUUUGGAUAUAUUUGGGGAUUUAUGUUGGUUUGGUUCUCAUCGCUGGAUUAGUAAGUGGUUUGACAAUGGGUUUACUUUCUUUGGACAUGCUAAGUUUAAAUGUUUUAGCUUCAGGUGGGAAGCCAAAAGAAAGAAAAUAUGCUAAAAAAAUUAUACCACUUGUGAAGCGACAUCAUUUACUACUUGUAACAUUGCUUUUAACAAAUGCUGCCGCUGUGGAAAGCAUGCCAUUAUUCUUAGAUCGUAUUUCUGACCCUGUCACCGCAAUAGUUGUAUCCGUAACAGCAGUAUUAAUUUUUGGAGAAGUACUUCCUCAAGCCUUAUGCACAAGAUUUGGUCUUGCAAUUGGAUCAGCACUUUCACCCGUGGUGAAAUUCCUAAUGCUUAUCACUUUACCAAUAUCAUGGCCAUUAUCUAAAUUCCUGGAUUGUAUACUCGGUGGUGAUCAUUCAACGUUUUUCAGAAGAGCAGAAUUAAGUAUUCUGGUAGAUCUCCAUCAACAGCUUGAUGCAGAAAAUGAGGACCCACUGUCAAAAGAUGAAGUGAUGAUAAUUAAGGGUGCGUUGUCGAUGAGAGACAAAUUAGCUCGACAAGCUUAUACACCAAUUGAAAAGUUGUUCGCUUUGAAUAUAGAUGGAGUAAUGGAUGAACAGACAAUGGAAGAGAUACUCAAUACUGGACAUUCACGAAUCCCUGUCUAUGAAGGAGACAAAAAUCAUCUUCUUGGAAUUUUACUUGUAAAACGAUUAAUAAAGCUUGAUCCAGAUGAGAAAAUACCUAUACGGGAAGUGUUUCAAAAGGAGAAAAGGGAUUUACCAAGAAUAGUUGAAACAGCUCCGUUAUUUGAUCUUCUUAACCAGUUUCAAAUGGGAAGAAGCCACAUGUGUUGUGUUACAAGUAGUGAUGAUGCUGAUAUGGCCAUAGGAAUUAUAACUUUGGAAGAUGUAAUUGAAGAAUUAAUACAGGAAGAGAUACUUGACGAAACUGAUUUAGACGUUAUGCGAAGAUUAAGUAUUGCCGGGGCCAUAGCUGUCAGAAGAAGGACAAUGGAUGCAUUAUAUCGAGGUGCAUCACCUCGAAACAGUCCAAGAGAUGGCGGUUGGGGAGAAACAAUUCAGGAAACUGAUGAAGAAGAAUAUGCAGACGUAUCAGAUUCUGAUACUCGAGCUUUAAUCCCAUGAAAUACAGUAGAGACUACUUUUCCUUACCAAAAACAUUCCUAAGUACAAUUGCCUAUAAACGAAACAAACUAAAUUAUUGAAACAAUAGAGCAGUAUACAAAUUUCAAUAUCUCUACAUUGAAUGAAAGGUCAUGUUAUGUACAGUUGAUUCCUCGUAAUUUUACUGAAAUCUAAUUUCGCUAGUUUUUACCUUUUAUCUGUAGUGUUUUUAUUUUAAUCAUGCAUUGCACUCAUUGUCAUUCUAUAUUUAUUCUUUUCUUACCUGAUAUUAGAAAUGAAGCGUUGAUGCUUUGUACGAAAUAUAUAGAACCGUGUACAAUUGUUA